AAUUUAUUUUUUGAGAAAAAUUAGAUUCAGAUCUGUUGUGGGGUCUUUUUAGAGUUGUUCAUAAGCUUUGAAUUUUCACUUUUUAACGUUCAAAAAUAAUUUUUUAAAAUUUCUCUCUUUCUAGCUGGUAUGUUUGGUGUGAUUAUGGAUCUUGAUUUUACGUGUUUUUCACGUUAUUUGCUCUGAAUUUAUUUGAUAUUUUCAUCUAUAAAUUUCUGCAUUGAGCUUUGAAGUUGUUAUUCAUCGUUUACAUUAGCAUUUUGAGAGGAUCAAGAAAUUGAAGUGAUUUAGAAAUGGCUUCCAAUGGAGACAAUGCAUCUGCAAAACCACCUCCUGAACCAUCACCGUUGCGAAAAGCAAAAUUUUUCCAGGCCAACAUGAGAAUUUUGGUGACCGGUGGUGCUGGAUUUAUUGGUUCUCACCUCGUUGACAGGCUGAUGCAAAAUGAAAAGAAUGAGGUGAUUGUUGUGGAUAACUACUUCACUGGAUCAAAGAAUAACCUAAAGCAAUGGUUUGGCCAUCCAAGAUUUGAGUUAAUUCGUCAUGAUGUUACUGAGCCACUACUGAUUGAAGUUGACCAAAUUUAUCAUCUUGCUUGCCCCGCUUCCCCAAUCUUUUACAAAUACAAUCCUGUUAAGACGAUUAAGACAAAUGUCAUUGGCACAAUGAAUAUGUUGGGACUUGCCAAGAGAGUCGGGGCAAAGAUUUUACUGACAUCAACUUCGGAGGUUUACGGAGAUCCACUUGUUCACCCUCAAGAAGAGAGCUAUUGGGGCAAUGUCAACCCAAUUGGAGUACGGAGCUGUUACGAUGAGGGGAAAAGAGUAGCUGAGACUUUGAUGUUUGAUUAUCACAGGCAGCAUGGAAUAGAAAUAAGAAUUGCUAGAAUCUUCAACACGUAUGGUCCACGAAUGAACAUAGAUGAUGGCCGUGUUGUCAGCAAUUUCAUUGCCCAGGCAAUUCGUGAUGAACCCUUGACUGUUCAGCUGCCUGGAACACAAACACGGAGCUUUUGUUAUGUUUCCGACAUGGUUGAUGGUCUUAUUCGUCUGAUGGAGGGAGAUAGUACUGGACCAAUUAACAUCGGUAAUCCAGGUGAAUUCACAAUGCUCGAACUUGCUGAGAACGUGAAGGAGCUUAUCAAUCCAGACAUACAGAUUAUCAAGGUGGAAAAUACACCGGAUGAUCCUCGUCAGAGAAAGCCAGACAUCACCAAGGCAAAAUCACUACUAGGAUGGGAACCAACGGUCAAAUUGCGCGAUGGUAUUCCCCUUAUGGAGGACGAUUUCCGUGUCAGGCUUGCAAUCCCCAGAAGGAAUUGAGCUGUUAAAAAGAGAUGUUUUUGUGUUUUCCAUUAUAUGAUACAAAGGAUGUUUACUUGGCCUGAGUUUUGCUUCUCACUAUCUUAUUGCAUGGCCAUUAUGACUUCGUGCUUUUGUGCUAGUUUUAAUAUAUAUGAUUUUCCA